AUGUCUUCCUCAGAAACUUCUACUGGUGAAGAAACAAUGUUUGCUCUCUUCUCUAGGGCUCAGCCGGUGAACAUCUCGGCUGGUAAUGCGAUUGCCGCUGCUCCUUUAACCACAGUCUACAACACUGUUUUGGCAUUGAUGGAACCCCAAACUUCACAUGCAACAAGCUCUGAAGGACCUUUUGUAGGUAAUUAUUCCAACCCUGCUCUUGACAAAAUCAAAGAAGGUAGUACAUAUGUUGAUAGAGCGAUUAGACGUCUAGUCUCUAGGGUGUUGAAUGAAGAUAUUCAUGUGGCUGGUAUUUCUCGACCCCUUUCCCAAAUUGUUCCUCCCACCUAUAAUGAUGAAGUAGAACAGAUAACUGAUUCCUCUAAAAGUGAUGACUCUGAUAACAAUCUACACAAAUUUGUUGACUCUGUGCUAAAAACUACUAGAGCUAGAGGAGAAGGAAACACGGAGGCAUCAUCUGCUAGGGGAUCUCAUCCAUCCAAUCAGGAUGAACUGGGCAAUAAGACGGUAAAUCCCAUCGUUAAUGUCAUUGACUUAUCCUCUGAUGAUGAACUCAUCAAAAGUGUGAAUUCUAGGAUUGCAAAGAGGCUGCGGACUAGAAAAGGUAAAGUUAUGGCUGAUACAAAUUCACCCAAACCUAAACAGAAGCAGGUCACUGUGGGGUCGUUAAAGGCUUUGAGCAAAGUGAGUGUUUCUUCUAAGAAGAGAAAGAUUAGGACAAAGAUUGGUUCUGAAGAUGAUAUUGGUGAUGUUCAGGACAUCACGCGUGUAAAGAAAACUGUGACCAAGCAGUCAUCUGUUAAUGUUCCAGACGCUCCCAUGGAAAACAUCUCCUUUCAUUCUAUUGACAGUGUAGGAAGAUGGAAAUUUGUGUAUCAAAGAAGGAUUACCAUGGAGAGAGAACUAGGUCAGGAUGCUCUCAAAAUCAAGGAGACCAUGGACCUAAUUUCUGAUUCUAGGCUCAUUAAAACUGUAGUUGGCUUUGCUAAAUGCUAUGAGGUUCUGGUUAAGGAGUUUGUUGUGAACAUCCCCGUGGACUGUGCUGACCCUGGAAGCCAGAAUUUCAGGAAAAUCUAUGCAAGGGGUAAAUGCGUUCACUUCUCCCCUACGGUGAUCAACAGGUAUUUGGGUAGAAGUGAGAAUGAAGGAUGUGACCUAGAGGUGACUGAUAAUCAAGUUUGA